AUGCCCGCCCUCCUCCUCCAACAACCCAGCUACGGCUCCUUGCGCCAGUUCCUGGACCACCAUUUCGAUUCGAUCCACUGGCCUGAGCGGUACAAGUUGGCGUUGGAUAUGGCACAGGGGUUGAGGUUCCUCACCUCGCAGGGAAUCCCUUGUACGCUGAAUUCGGGUAGUGUCCUUGUCGAUGCUGAGGGUGUUGCAGUGUUGACGGGAUUUGGUAGAGAGAGAGGGAUGAUUGCGAGUGCACCUUGUCAAAUGACGGCUCAGCCGUCGAAUGCUACACUUGUGGUUUAUACCGCGCCCGAGAAGCUGGCUGCGAUUGCGGCGGCCACUGCUGCGGCUGGUGGACCGACUUCGAAGGUUACAUAUUCACCGGAUUGGGAGGUGUUCUCGUUAGGGAUCUUGUUGUGGGAGUUGUCGUCGGGCAGGAUGCCGUUUAAUGAGAUUAUUGCCCGUGCUGAGGCGGGUCCACGACUGAACAAGAAUAUUGAGCAACUGUCGUCGGCGAUUCAGAAGGGGUUGAGGGAAGAGACUGUACCUGGCACACCUGAGAUCUAUGAGCAGUUGUUCAAGAUGUGUUGGGAUUCGGAUGCAGAGUCCAGGCCACCACUGGAGGUUGUUGAGGAGACGUUGCAGAUGCUUGUUGUUGUUGAGCCUAUGGACAUGCUUAUGCUGCCUGAUGAUGAGAUGAACAUGCAUGUAUCUGCCGUCGUAUCGGACAGUGUGGACAAUGAGUCUGUGAGCUCACACAACACCCCAACGCGUUCCAACAGCGUCCGCUCACUCUCUCCCCUCCCAGGCUACCAACCCCGCCAACGGCCCACAACCCUUCACGAAGCCAUCAGUGUCUCGAACGCCGACAUGACAGAAUGGUACAUCCUCUCUGGUCACGACCUUAACGGCUACGCCAUCGUCCCUACAUUCUCGCUCGAAUGCGAGAUCACUCCCAUCCUCACCUCUCUUGGCCAUUUCUUGCCGUCAUCCUUACCGAUUUUCAAGGAGUUGAUGGAACAGGAUGUGGAUCUGUCUUUGUUGUGUAGGCGGUCGAACCAGAAUGGACUUCACGUUCUAUUGGAUCGAUAUAUCCCUUUCAAGAACGAGAACGGGUCGGCGCAUCUGAUGGAGGCGGUGGAUAUCUUGUUGAAGCAUGUUUCACCGGUCGAGAUGGAUAUCAAUGGGUUGGAUGUGCAGGGUCAUACGCCUUUGCACCUGUUGAUGCGGAACCCGAGGAUUUCCUCUGAGGAUGUGGCCGAGAUCUUGAAGAGGAUGAUCCUCAAGGGCGCCGAUACUACCCGCGCCGCUCCACGAGAUGGCAAUGUCCUGGCGCUGUCUGCAAAGUACUUGCAUUUCGAGGCGACAAGACAUAUCCUCUCGAUCGACAUCCUGGCGUCAGAACCGGAAUCGCUCGAGAAGGCGCUCGAGGCCUGUAUGACGAUGACGGGCCGGGCGACAGACAAGUUCGUCAACCUCCGAACAAAAACUCGAGACCUCCUCAAGAUGUGGACAGGCUCGGCGGGUAAACCUAGACGGGAGAAGGUGGCCUUGAAGAUCUUGAACGAUGUUGGCCAAGUUGAUGCGUUGGGCAUGCGGACAAAGGGUAAAGGGGUUACGUUUGCCCAACCGCAGGUGCAGGUUGAUUGCGCGAAUAAGUUUUAUGAGACGUAUAUCAAGAAGAAGCGGGAGCAGGUGUUUGAGACGGUUGAUCUCCGGUUCGCUGGCGGCCUGGGGUACGCUGGUCGAUAA